AUGGCUCCGCCGGGCGAUUACAAGAUGGCGGGGGAAGCGGUGGAGCAGAUGGAUAUGGAUGAGUCGCGUGGCGGCAGUGGCUUACGCCAGUAUUAUUUGUCGAAAAUUGAGGAUCUUCAGUUGGUUGUCAAUGAAAAAAGUCAAAAUUUAAGACGUCUUCAAGCUCAAAGAAAUGAGCUGAAUGCUAAAGUACGUCUUCUGCGUGAAGAACUGCAGUUGCUUCAGGAACAGGGCUCCUAUGUGGGCGAGGUGGUCAGAGCAAUGGAUAAAAAGAAGGUGCUGGUCAAGGUCCACCCAGAAGGGAAGUUUGUGGUCGAUAUUGAUAAGAAUAUUGACAUCAAUGAUGUAACACCAAAUUGCAGAGUAGCUCUGAGGAAUGACAGUUACACCCUUCAUAAGAUUCUACCCAACAAGGUGGAUCCAUUGGUGUCACUGAUGAUGGUUGAGAAAGUUCCAGACUCCACCUAUGAAAUGAUUGGUGGCUUGGAUAAGCAAAUCAAAGAAAUUAAGGAAGUUAUUGAGCUGCCUGUGAAACAUCCAGAGCUGUUUGAGGCCCUGGGCAUUGCCCAGCCUAAGGGAGUGUUGCUUUAUGGGCCACCUGGUACAGGGAAGACUCUACUGGCCCGUGCAGUUGCUCAUCACACAGACUGCACAUUAUAUUCGUGUAUCAGGAUCUGAACUUGUACAGAAGUUCAUUGGAGAAGGAGCUCGCAUGGUGCGUGAACUCUUCGUAAUGGCUCGUGAACAUGCUCCCUCAAUUAUCUUCAUGGAUGAGAUUGAUUCUAUUGGAUCUUCGCGGUUAGAAGGCGGGUCUGGUGGUGAUAGCGAGGUCCAGCGUACAAUGCUUGAGCUGCUGAAUCAGCUGGAUGGCUUUGAGGCAACCAAGAAUAUCAAGGUCAUCAUGGCAACAAACAGAAUUGACAUCUUGGACUCGGCUCUCCUGCGUCCUGGUCGUAUUGACAGGAAAAUUGAGUUCCCUCCUCCUAACGAGGAGGCUCGUUUGGACAUCCUCAAAAUCCAUUCCCGCAAAAUGAAUCUGACUCGCGGCAUCAACCUGCGCAAGAUUGCCGAAUUGAUGCCUGGCGCAUCCGGGGCCGAGGUGAAGGGUGUGUGUACAGAGGCUGGGAUGUAUGCAUUACGAGAGAGGAGAGUACACGUCACACAAGAAGACUUUGAAAUGGCUGUAGCAAAGGUAUGA